AUGAAUACAACCAUAAAGCCUCUUACCAAGACCUCCCACCAAAGCUCUUUCUACCGCCCACCCCCUGAAUCCAUCACCUUCUCCUUUCCCCCUCCCUCCUCUCUCGAUACCACAACCAUUCAGCCGACAAUCAUCAACUUCCAUAUCGGCUCCGAACUCAGCACGCAAUACCACUGGCACACCACGCAUACAGAAUACGUACGUGUCACAUCUGGUGCCGCGCUCAUCACGGUUUCCGGCGUGAGCAAGAUAUACACGGCCAAGGAUGGCGCAGCGCGAGUACCUCGCUACGCUCGUCACGAAUGGAUGCGAUUUGAUCGCCCCGCGCAACUGUUGGGUAAAGGGCAGAGGGAGACGCAAGAGGCAUAUUUGCGAGAGCACGGGAAGGAGGGGAUUGAAAAAUUGAGAGGGGAAGAUUUGAUAGCGGAAGAGUGGACGGAUCCUGCCGACGGACAGAAAGAGAUCUUCUUCCGCAACCUCUUCUCCACCGCGUUGGAGCCGCAAUAUAGAUCUGAUAUGUCUUGGCUAGGGGAGCUGUGGAAGACGUUACAGAUCAUGUGUGUGAUGUGGGAGAUGGACAAUUACCUUGUCCUUGUAGAUUUCGGGGGGUACAGGGGCGGGUGGAGGGAAUUGGUUGAAGCGGCGUUCACGUAUACUGUGAUGGGUUUGUUGAUGACGUUAGGAAGGAUCUGUGGAUGUAAGGCUGUUAAUCAGGAGUAUACGCCAAAGCACCUAAUUGAGAGAUGGGAGAGUGUGCCGCCGAAAGAUGGAUAA